UCUUUUCUUUGAUUCGCUGGUUGCUUGGGCCCCUCGAUUUCACUCUUGACUACGUUUCUUUCCAAUCUCCAAAACCCUAGUCACCAUCUCUCACAAACAUUGUUCCAGUCCCACAUUCUCAAUCCAAAAUCCCAUCACUGGACCCGAUUUUUCAACGACUCCUUCCUCAAUUUUUCUACUUAUCCUGGUAACUCGAGGGGUUAGGGUUUCGAAUCGAUCGAUUGGGUUUGUCUAAUCGAAAAUCUGUGGCCCGAUUAGUGUUUCUGUUCUGCGCCGUUUUGGAUAUCGCAGUUUUGUUGUCUCUGGGUUCUGGAAAGGUAUGAAACGCGAGUUAGCUUUUGCAUUGGAGGUUCAUUCCCAAUGCGGUUUAAUCGGUCGGACUCGGUCGACGAAGGCUCAGACUCAGAAUGAAACUAUUAACUGCAAUGGGGUUGCUUGGAAUGAGAGUAAUAAGAAGCUGAAGACCUUGAAUGAUGAGUUGGAGGGGAAUGAUUCUAGUGAUCGGAUUCGCGAGACCAAGAAUCGAUGGGAUGGGGUCAUCCAGUAUUCUAGAAAUAAGAGACUGAAGCGUUUGGAAGAGUCCAAGAAUGAUGAGAGAAGAACCAUUGCGGAGGAGCCAAAAGAUGAUGAAAGCACUACCGAUGAGGAGCAGAAAACUGAUGAGAAUGACCCUGUUGUCGUGGAGAAACCUACGGGCGGCUAUUUGGUGGGGCCCAUUUGUGAAGAGGAGCCGAAGAGCCAAUCCCAGAAAGCUUCAAUCAAGGACGAAUCAAAUGAUGGUAGUCUGAAGUUGCAAACUGCAGAACUGAUCGAUGAGAGCAAGGAGAUAGAUAUUGCGGUGGAGGAGAAACUUCCAAAGCGGUUUACAAGAUCAGCAUUAAAAUCGAAGGAGGACACUGUGGAGAGUUUGGAAUCAGACUAUAAUUUUUGCAAUUCUGUUGCCAUAGGAGUUGACGAGAAGACAAAUGGUGCGGUAAGAUCAUUAACAAGUCCAAAGAAGUUAGGACUGAAAAUGUCAAAAAAGAUUGCCUUGAACAAGGUUCCCUUGACAAUAAGGGAUCUUCUCGAGACUGGCAUGCUGGAGGGAUACCCUGUAACUUACGAUGGUAGAAAGAAGGGCUAUAGGCUUCAGGGAACUAUCAAAGGCAAUGGGAUCUUGUGCUCAUGUUCUUUGUGCAAGGGAAGCAGAGUUGUUUUGCCUUCCCAAUUCGAUUUCGCACUCCUCACACCCCCUACCUUCAACUUCAAACCCACCACACUCCCUCCUAAUCCCUCACUUCCCUAUCUCUCCAUAACAUGUUCCUCAGACAACAACCCUAAACCAACCAGAAGCAGCUCCUGGGUGAGCCCUGACUGGCUGACCUCUCUGAGCCGGUCUCUCACCAGCCAAGACGACUCCGGUAUACCCAUGGCCACUGCUAAACUGGAUGACGUGUCUGAGCUCCUGGGUGGUGCCCUCUUCCUUCCUUUGUUCAGAUGGAUGAAUAUGUACGGACCCAUUUACCGGCUCGCCGCCGGGCCCCGCAAUUUUGUGGUUGUCAGUGACCCGGCUAUUGCUAAGCAUGUUCUGAGGAAUUAUGGCAAAUACGCCAAGGGUCUCGUGGCCGAGGUUUCGGAAUUGUUCGGAUCGGGUUUUGCCAUUGCGGAAGGCGAGCUUUGGACGGUGAGGCGCAGGGCUGUGGUUCCUUCUCUUCACAAGCGAUACUUAUCCAUAAUUGUUGAUCGGGUGUUUUGCAAAUGUGCUGAGAGAUUGGUAGAGAAUCUUAGAACUGAUGCACUCAAUGGCAGUGCUGUAAACAUGGAGGAGAAGUUUUCUCAAUUGACUCUGGAUGUCAUCGGUCUAUCUGUGUUCAACUACAAUUUUGAUUCACUUACUGCUGAUAGUCCUGUUAUUGAUGCAGUUUACACUGCAUUGAAAGAGGCUGAGGCUCGAUCAACUGACCUUUUACCAUACUGGAAGGUCAAAGCUUUGUGUAAGAUAAUCCCUAGACAAAUAAAAGCUGAAGAAUCAGUAACAGUAAUAAGGAAAACUGUAGAAGAACUUAUUGCUAAGUGCAAAGUUGUGGAAAGAGAGGGUGAGAGGAUUGAUGAGGAUGAAUAUGUUAAUGACUCAGAUCCAAGCAUCCUUCGUUUCUUGCUUGCUAGCAGAGAAGAGGUUUCAAGUGUGCAGUUACGAGAUGACCUUUUAUCAAUGUUGGUUGCUGGGCAUGAGACCACUGGUUCAGUGUUGACUUGGACAUUAUAUCUUUUAAGUAAGAACUCUUCUUCUCUGAUGAAAGCACAAGAAGAGGUCGACAGGGUUUUACAGGGAAGGUCUCCCUCUUAUGAAGAUAUAAAGGAUCUCAAGUUCUUAACACGUUGCAUAAAUGAGUCCAUGCGUCUAUACCCUCAUCCUCCUGUUUUGAUAAGAAGAGCUAAAGUCGCUGAUGUGCUUCCUGGAAAUUACAAGGUCAAUGCUGGUCAAGAUAUAAUGAUUUCAGUAUAUAAUAUCCAUCACUCCUCUCAGGUCUGGGAAAGAGCAGAAGAUUUUCUGCCAGAAAGAUUCGACUUAGAAGGUCCUGUGCCUAAUGAAACAAAUACAGAUUUCAGAUUCAUUCCAUUUAGUGGGGGCCCACGUAAGUGUGUUGGUGAUCAGUUUGCUUUGCUGGAAGCGAUUGUUGCACUUGCAAUCUUUGUGCAGCACAUGAAUUUUGAGCUGGUUCCUGAUCAGAAUAUUAGCAUGACUACCGCAACCAUUCAUACAACAAAUGGCUUGUACAUGAAAUUGACUCAAAGGCAAAUUCCAUCUGCAUUUGUUCCAACAUCUUCUAGGUGCCACAACUAGGUGCCAUUUACCACUCAGAAGUCCCACAAAUGAAAGAUGGAAAAUUAGGGGCAAACGACAAAACAUAACCCUACUAUAAUUUUAGUAUCCAAAAAAAU